AGUUUGGACGGGUGCAGCAUCAGGUCUGUUGAGAUGAAGUACAGAGCACUAUUCGUCCUCACUCUCCUCGUGGCAGGGAGCAGCCGAUCGGAAGCCGUAGGUUACUGCGGGUCUCAUGGCGGCUCCCCCUACGACUACAGGGAGCUUCUGUGUCACGCGCUGGUCUUCUACGAAGCGAACCGCUCGGGCUACUUGCCCUCGGACCAGCGCGUCGAGUGGCGCGGCGACUCUGCGCUCAACGACGGCGCUGACAACGGCGUCAACCUUGAGGGCGGCUACUACGAUGCGGGCGAUUUGGUGAAGUUCGGGUUCCCGCUGGCAUAUACCGUCACCUUCUUGUCCUGGGGCUACAUCACCUACGGAGAGGGAUACGUCCAGGCCGGUCAAACUCAGUACCUCGAGAAGACCAUCAAGUGGGCUACCGACUUCAUCCUGAAGGCUCAUACGACACCGACCACCAUCUGGGCGCAGGUUGGAGACGGUGAUCUGGACCACUCAUUGUGGGGACCUCCGGAAGAUAUGACAAUGGCGAGGCCUUCGUAUAAGCUAGACCAGAAUGCUCCUGGUUCAGAGGUUGCUGCAGAAUCAGCUGCUGGACUUGCAGCAGCUUCCAUCGUGUUUAAGAACAGCAAUCCCAGCUACUCAGCUACUUUGCUGCAAGCCGCAAAAGAGCUUUUUGACUUCGCUAACAACUACAGGGAGAUGUACACCAACUCUCUACCUGAAGCCGCCGAUUUUUACGUAACUUUUGGUUACGGCGAUGAGCUGACAUGGGGCGCCAUUUGGCUGUACCGCGCCACCGGUGACGACAGCUACAGGGCCCUCGCCGAGCAACUCUUCACCGAGUUCGACGUCGCGUACGGCGCGAGUUUCAGCUGGGAGAACAAGAAAUCUGGAUGCAUCGCUUUGUUUGCCGAGCUGCUGGGUGGCAAUUACCUCAACAUCCUUCAGUCAAAUGCUGCUGAACUUAGGAAUUUCCAGACCACUCCGGGCGGCCUGCACUACUUCCAGCACUGGGGGUCCCUCAGAUACGCGCUCAACCACGGCUUCAUCGCAUUCAGGGCUGCUGAUCUCGGCCUCGACACUGCGGCCAACAACGAGUUUGGCGAGCGUCAGAUUAACUACGCAUUAGGCUCGAACCCCCGAAGCAGCUCCUACGUCGUUGGGGUGGGCAACAACCCGCCGACCCACUGCCAUCACAGAGCUGCCUCGUGCCCAGGCCCAGGUAUCCCAUGCGGUUGGGACUACGGCAAUUCAGCCAACCCUAACCCCCACAUCCUCUACGGUGCUCUCGUCGGGGGACCUGAUCAGAAUGACGGCUACACCGACGAGCGCCAGAACUGGGAGCAGAACGAAGUUGGUUGCGACUACAACGCUGCGCUCGCCGCCAACCUUGCCCGCAUGAUCACCCACCAGCCGCUGUAACGUCUUCCUGCUUCACCGAGCAGGAGGUAGAGGCUCUCGGGGAACCUGGCCGAGAACUCCUGGAUCUUUUCUCUUAUGGAUGAUUUCUCUUGAAAAUACUACCGAAAAGUUAAAAGGAGCAUUCUUCAAUUUGUAAGGAAUUGUGUAAUGAAAAAAUGUCCAUUAAAAAAUGUAUAUGGCACUCA